UUAAUGGUGCUCAUCGAUUUUUUAACAAUCACAGUAGUAGUAAUGAAAUAUCAGAAAGCAAGAGAAUAGCUGAGAGAGUUGGAGCGAUGGCGGACGCAGCAGUUGAAUUGUUGCUAGAAAAGCUGAAGCAGCUGCUGGUCCAACACACCCAUCUGAUUGAGGGCGCCGCCAAUCUGGUGGACAAGCUGGAGAAGCAUCUCCUCCUCUUCAAAGCUAUUCCCAGUGAUGCCCUAAAGCUGAGGCGGAACGACGAGACGCUUAAGGAGCUGAUCCGCCAAAUUCGCUACGCCGUUUAUAAAACGGAAGAUAUCAUCGACAAUUGCGUCAUCCGCCCCAACAUCGUCAACAUCGUCCACGAUCUCCUCAAAAAGAUCCGUGCUAUCUACAAAGAAAAUAGCAGGACCAAAUUUCACGCUGAAGAGGAAAGCCCUAUAAAGGAAACGAAUGUGGUGUUGGGUUUAGAAAAAGAGACAGAAAAAUUGAGGGGAUAUCUCGCAGAAGAAUCUAAAGAGGUUGAAGUGAUUUCCAUUGUUGGAGUGGCCGGCCUUGGCAAAACGAUAUUGGCAGGGAAGAUUUUUCAUGAUCCAAAGAUCCGGUCUAUGUUCCCUACACGCAUAUGGGUUUAUGCUUCUCAAGAGUUCACUGAGAAGGAGAUCUUCCUUGAGAUUCUAAAAGAGUUCACCAUUCUCACUGAGGAUAUGAAAAGCAAAACCAGCGAAGCGUUAGCAUACUUAGUGGCUGGUUAUCUGGAGAAGGAGAAGUUCUUGCUAGUCGUGGAUGAUAUAUGGACAUGUCAGGAUUGGGAAAAACUCCGAGUUGCAUUGCCCAAGACCACCAAAAUGGGUAAAGUCUUGAUUACAAGCCGCUUCAGAGAUGUUGGUGCAUAUGUUUGUCUAGGGAAAUAUCUCCAUUUCAUGCGUUUCUUAAAUCAAAAGGACAGCUAUUCGCUUCUCCAGUUGGAAGCUUUCCGUGGGCAAGAGUUCCCUCCAGAGCUGGAAUUUGAAGGAAGACUAAUUUCAGAGAGAUGUGAUGGACAUCCGCUUGCAAUAGUGUUAAUAGGAGGCAUUCUUGUUAAACAGCUUUCAACUGAUAAGGAUGCGAUGAAAACUGCCUGGAGAAAAAUUUGGUAUGGCUUGGACAUCAUUGGUAAUCAAGAUCCAGUGGAACGUCUGGUAAGAAUCAUAGUGUUGAGUUAUGAGAAUUUGCCUUAUCACUUGCGAGAGUGUUUUCUUUAUUUUGGAAUGUUUCCGGAGGACUUUGAGAUUUCUGUUUGGAAAUUGAUUCGACUGUGGAUAGCAGAAGGGUUUAUACAAAAAAAGAUUGGUGUCAGCCCAGAGGAAACUGCAGAAAACUAUUUAGAAGAGCUCAUUGAGAGGAAAUUGGUUAGAGCUGAAAAGUUUAAGCUCGAUGGUAAAGUUAAAACUUGCAUCAUUCAUGACAUGAUUCGUGACUUUUGUACAAGUGAAGCUAGAAGGGAAGGUUUCUCAAAACAAAUUGUGAUGUCUAGUGAUGGAGGCUUUCAACCUCCAGUCUAUGAGGAACUCAAGUUUCGGCGUCUAUGCAUUCAUUCCAAUGCCUUAGAUUUCUUUUCUAGGAGAUCUCAUGGUCCAAGUGUCCGUUCGUUUGUUUGCUCCUCUAGAGAUGAAAUGGAGAUGCCUAAGAAAGAUCUUUCAUCCAUUUCCAAAGGUUUCAAGCUACUCAGAGUUUUAGACGUUGAGCCCAUCAAUUUCACUAAUAAACUUCCUCGUAAUCUAUUCAAGCUGAAUCAUUUGAAGUAUGUGGUCCUAUCUUUCAAAUUGGAGGUUCUUCCUUCAGCUUUUUCCCAGCUUCGGAACAUAGAGACUCUAUUAGUUGACACAAGUUCUCGAACCCUUGAGGUUAGAGCAGACAUUUUCAGUAUGAUUCAAUUAAGGCAUUUUAAGACAAAGGCUUCAGCUGCUUUGCCCAAGUCUAGUACAGAUUGUGUCACAGCUGGUGCAAAGAUUCACACACUUGGAACUCUUUCACCUGAAAGCUGCACUAAGGAGGUUUUAGAUAGUGUCCGUGAUUUGAAGAAACUAGGCAUUCGUGGGAAGAUAGGCUUGCUUCUUGAUGGCAAGAACGGAUCAUUGGACAGUAUGCGGAAGCUGUACAAUCUUGAGAAGCUGAAACUACUAAAUGAUGUGUUUUCAAUUCCAGCUUCAGAAAUCCAGCUGUGUAGCCUUCCUCCACCCACUAAAUUUCCUCCUUAUUUGAAGGUCCUAACAUUGUCGAGGACUUCUCUUGAUUGGUGCCAUAUGUCUGUCUUAGGAUCGCUUGAAAGGCUGGAGGUGUUAAAGCUGAAAGAUAAAGCCUUCAUGGGAGAGGUAUGGGAGGUUACUGAUGGAGGAUUUGGCCGCCUUAAAGUGUUGCAUAUUGGACGUACAAAUUUGAAGACUUGGUUAGCUUCUGGCCAUCACUUCCCCGUACUCAGACACCUUCAGCUUAUGCACUGUCAAAGUCUUGAACAAAUUCCAUCUGAGCUCGCUGAUGUGCCGAGUUUUCUGAAGUUGGAGUUAUUUCAUUGUAAACAAGCAGCUGAGUCGGCCAUGGAAAUACAAGAAAAGAUAGAGCUGCUUGGCAAUGUUGUGGGUCGAUUCAAGCUUUCCAUUUUACCGCAUGAGGAAUAAUAUCACCUUUGUUCUUGCUAAAAAGGUCUGGAAUUCUUUCAACUUAAUUUUGAAUUCUCUAGAGGCAUUUCUUGCAAAUUGUUCCAGAGAGGUCAAAGAGAGCAUACUUGAAUGCCUAUGGAUGAAGAUUGCUUGAUUCGUCUUUUUAUUGUGUUAAAACUCCAGAGUUGUAAUACUUAUACAGUAACCAUUUGUUUUAUAUUCCCGAGCUGUCUUUUUUUUUGUAAAUCUAUUUUCAUUGUAAAAACUAAGAAUAUUUACUGUCAUAAAAAGAGUCUCAAGAGAAUGCAA